GUAUAAUUGAUAUGCACUUACUGGAAUUUUUUUAUCAGGAUAAUCAGCAGAAACUUUUAAAACAUCUAAAUAGAUCAAAUGCCCUGAAUUUUUAGAAUUGUAAGGAAUAAGGAGUUUAGUGUUAAGCUGAUAUUGCAUUCCAUAUACUUGAGGGGAACACUGUGAUUCGCUGCAGGGAAAAAAAGCAGCAUGAACUGCUGCUCUUCCAAACAAAAAGCCAAUUCUAUAUACUUACCAGCUUUUGACCAAGACGUAACAAUAAUUAGGAAGCAAGUAGCCAUUUUAUCAAAGAAACCUAGAAGAACAUACAAGGUGUUCUUCGAGGAAUUAGAACUUGAUUUGCCUUUUGACAAGCUGUGGAAACCAUGGCGUCUUACGCUCCAAGGUGAAGAUUCGCUUUCUUUACAGGUGUCUCUGCACAGAAUUCCACGAACAAAAGUACUGUGAAGUUUUAAUUUGUACUGAUUGAGAAAGAGUCCCCUUUCCCCCAGAAAAGACAAAGAUGGGCUUGGAACCUGGAUUUAUUCAAGAUUUACAACGAUUAUUACGUUUGUCGGAUAUUUUAAACUUGGAUGAUUGUGAAAUUAAACAGUGUUUUAUUCCUACGCAGACACGCCGUGACUUUGAAGCUGUAGAUAAUGAAGCAGCGUGUUCUUGUAUGUUUGCACAAAUGUGUAGUGAUUUUCAAGCUUUAAGGAAUUAUUUCGAACUUCAGAAACGGAUUUAUUGUAUCUAUGGUGUCGAAAGUACAACGUCUGGUAUUAGGGCAUUAAAAGAAAUGGAAGUCUUGAUCUUUCAACUAGCUGGAUAUUGGGAAGACCAAGGAAAGUGGCAAGAUUUUUUGGAGGCUUUCUGUUAUCUGAAAUCUCAGUUGUGUUUGGAGCUGAGAGAAUUUGUGGACGAAGUGGUUGAAAAAGUAGAAACGAAACUGCACAGAUGUUCUUCUCCAACGGAAGAGACGAGGUUGAUGCAAACUUGCUUCAACAUACGAAAAUUGCUGCCCAUCAGUAUGUGAGCAACAUUGUUUUUGUUGAGACUAUCAAACACUUUCAAAUAAAGCUUGGAACAUGUAAUGAACGAAGGCGAAUUGUCUACGCAGAGCACUAGAUGUAUACAUGAACUAAAAAAUAAAUACGAAAGUGUUUUUAAGCCAU